AUGAAUUCUUUGGCUGCUGGAAAGGUCAUCUCCGGGAACACUAAAUCGAACAUACUGAAAUGUACCAGACGCUAUUCGAACCAUUCAGCAAGCACUGGAAAUGGAAACGGUGCACAUCUCGCGAGAGCCGAGGACACUGAAACACAAAGAGACUUCAUCGUCAACGUCUUGAAUGUCACGCCUACGAGGCGAGAUGCUAAGCAAUAUCUCGCUCGGUUUGAGGUCAAAUCAAAAAUCGCCUCUCAGGAUGAACGAAAUGCUCGCCAUCGUCGGGAUCAGGACCGGGUGGACCGUAUGGGAGUGAAUCUAGGUGGGCUUUACGCUCCCGCUCGAGCGAUUGCCAAUACGCCUCAAUUUACGCAACAAGAAGCUGUCAAAGAGCAGACCGCGACAGUGCCCGAGCAGCAACUUCACAUCGCUCUGGUGUGUCUGAGAGCAGCGGAUGGGAUCGAUGAUGAGACAUUGGAUGGUCUGGCAGUGACCCUUUCACAACUGGUCAAGCUCGAUAUGAGAAUCGUUCUUGUGCUGGCUUCGGACAACCCGAUGGAUGAGUUCAUCAAGAUUAACCGCACGCCCGUCGACAUUAAACCAAUUCGAAAUGCAUUCGCCAAACAGGCAAGUAGAAUAUGCGAUGCUCUCGAACGACACAGUCCCAAGGGAGGUCGUUCGGUGCCCAAUGCUCUUGAGCAGGUUCAUGAGGGCGAAGAUCUUGGAGUUGCGAUACCAGAACUCAUAGCAGACCCUUUGCAAAGGGGCAUUAUUCCGAUCGUCCCCUCGAUGGCUUACACUCUCUCUGGCAAAUUGCUACCAGUUCCAACCUCAGAAGUCAUGACCGGUCUGACCAAAUUUCUCUCUGGAUUGGACAAUGUAAGCGGAAAGCAGAAGGCCGCACCUUCUCCAGAAACGGCAUCACUGGAUCGCAUCAUCAUACUCGAUGCGAUUGGAGGAAUACCCAGCAAAGACCGGGGAGACGGCGCCCACGUCUUUAUCAAUCUCCAACAAGAAUUCGACAAAAUCUCCCAAGAACUGUCAGAGUACGCCGCACGAAAGAAUAACGGCACAGCGUCCCGACUUACCGUCUACGACCAGCACCGUGCCAACAUGGACCUCAUUCGCCGCUGCCUUACCCUGCUCCCUACAUCCUCCUCCGCUCUAAUCGUCACUCCCAACGAAGCAGCCUCCGCUUCCCGGCGCUCCACAGCCCCCACCCUCGGUGCCGGCACCCGCCGUCAAAAGAAUCCUCUAAUCCACAACCUCCUCACCAACAAGCCUCUCAUCUCCUCCUCCCUCCCUGUCUCCCGUUUCACCCAGCACUCGCCUUCCACCCCGACCCGAGCUCAACUCUCCACCGUCCUCCGCCUCGGCAUGCCUUUGACUAUCGUUCCUCCGCCACCCUCACCCUUGGGCUGGCAACUUCCUUUGCCAUCGGGAACCACUUCUCUCGACCUUACUACCGAUCCUCGCAUCGACCUCCCUCGCCUUAUCCACCUCAUCGAAGACUCCUUUCGCCGGAAACUGAAUGUCCCUCAUUACCUCUCCCGCAUCUCCAGCCGCCUCGCAGGCCUGAUCAUCGCAGGGCAGUACGAAGGUGCCGCGAUCCUGACCUGGGAGAUGCCACCCGGCGUCAACGAUCCAUCUCGGCUGGUGCCGUACCUGGACAAAUUCGCCGUAUUGCAGACUUCACAGGGUAGUAGCGGCGUGGCGGAUAUCGUGUUCCAAGCGAUGGUCCGGUCCGGCUUCCCCAAAGGAGUGUGCUGGAGAAGUCGAGUGGGUAAUCCGGUGAACAAAUGGUAUUUUGAGCGAGCGGAGGGGAGUUGGAGGGUGGAGGGAACGGAGUGGGUCAUGUUUUGGACUGGUAAAGGUGUGGUUGAAGACCAACAGAGGUGGGACGACUAUGUUGCUGUGUGCAGGAGUAUACCUGCUAGCCUUGAGCCAGUCAGGAAAUGAGUUGAGCUGCUGGGAUUUUGUGUAUGAGAACGUUGGAGAAGACGCGGAGGCGGAGCCUUGACUGGAACCGCACGAGUUUUGAAGCGACUUCGUCCCGGAGUUGGGGAUCUGGGACAGAUGGAAUCGUGGCAAGGAUGCACGAGGAGACGUGCGUCGCUUUGGACUGACUUCAAGAGCGGCGGCCAUGUCUUCAAGACUGUGCUGAACACGCAUGUAACUGAGAGUCUGGUCUCCAGAGCUCAGUCUGUGCCAAUCGUCCGAGGAGCAGAAACGAACCAGCAUUCUCGCGCGCCGGAGGGUUCUCCGAGCAGACGGCUCAGCUUGUUCGUAAAGGGGCCAGCUCAGUCGCAAUGCGUACUUCCUAAAUCCGGGGCAUCAGUACUCUUGCUGAGCUCAUCAUAGCUCGGACGCCGGUGGCAGAAGGAUUCGCCGAGUCGUCAAGCUGACAAAUCGAGCAGUCUUGGAGCAGGACGAAGGGGACGACCAAUCGAAACAUAUAUAUUAGAUGAGAUCAACGCAAU